UGUGCAAAUACAAUCUCAUAUCUUGGCCUUCGCUUUCUGUUUUUGAUUGUCGUGCAAGUUAUGGACAUGUAAUUAUCUGAAUUAAGGGAGAAAAGUUUCAUCUUCAGCUCUAUGUAUUUCUCUCUAGUAAUUUCUGGGAUUCCGUUUAUGAGUUUUGAAUUAAUCACUAAUCAGGGUGUUUUCUUUGCUCUCUUUAUUGGCAUCCACGAUUGAAUUAUUCAUGCUACUGUGAACACGAUUUUGGGUUCUGAUGUUUGUUCUUCAAGAUUUUUCCUGCCAAGAAUUUGUUGGUCUUAAUAAUCUCCCGUAGGCUUGCUAUUAUAUCUGCGGCGCUGCUUUCUGUUUCCAAGGAGUAUCUUGAUGCGGACCGAGAUGGUACAGUCACUUAGAUAUUUACUAACGUUGGCUGUGUGCCAGAACACUAUAAUCUUCCAAGUCUGAGUGAAACAAAAAUUGAAAUUUUAACUUCUUGAGAUGCAAGAAUCCCAAGAGUCUCAGACAUCUUCCAGUGUCCACAGUUUUUACCAUCAGACAAUGCAGCACAUUGAGCCAUAUUGCCUUUCAACUUUUGAAGUUUUGAAUGAUGAUUCAACUCACAUUAGGAGGCAGGCAACUGAAUUUCCGUUGCGAACUUAUGCGGAACAAUUCUUCACUCUAGAAUCAACACCAGCAUCUGAAUACGCCGUCUAUAAUUCGCCUUCAACUCCAGGUGUCUCCUCAAAUAUGAGUCCGUUUUCUCCACAAUAUUUCCAGUCGUAUGCGUCUGACCUCCAUCACGCAUCUGAUAAUCCUUGUGGUUCACCAAUGAGUGGAUCCUCCGGGGUUGAUGAUGAAAAUAAGUUGAUGCAUGCACUGUGGGUAUUGAGGAACGAACUACUGGGGCCUGAAUGUGAUAGUGACUCUAAUGGCUCGUUAAACGGCAUAGUCACGCAGGCAUCUCCGUUCACUAGGUACAACCGAAUCCUGGAAAUGGCCCCCCAUAUGGACCUGAAACAAUUGCUCGUAGCCUGUGCCAAAAUAGUUUCUGAAGCUGAUACUAUUUCUUUGUCCGAAAGAAGGGUUGCUGUAUCAGCUGCAGAAGCUCUCAUGGACAUAAUAGAAAAAAGGGUCUCCAUAUGCGGUGAGCCUUUAGAGAGAUUAGGUGCAUACAUGUUGGAAGGGCUCAGGGCAAGGAUUUUAUCAUCUGGAAGCAUAAUCCACAAAAAGUUGAAGUGCAAAGAACCAACAAGUUCUGAAUUGAUGUCCUACAUGCACGUGCUUUACCAAAUCUGCCCGUACUACAAGUUUGCUUAUAUGUCUGCUAAUGUUGUCAUCGCGGAAGCAAUGGAAAAUGAGAACAGAAUCCACAUAAUCGAUUUUCAGAUUGCACAGGGUAGCCAGUGGGUGACCUUCAUUCAGGCGAUCUCACAUCGUCCUGGUGGCCCCCCAUAUAUCCGUAUUACAGGAGUUGAUGAUUCUCAAUCAGCUCAUGCUCGAGGUGGAGGGCUGCAGAUAGUUGGCCACAGAUUAGCCCAAGUAGCCGAGUCGUGUGGAGUACCUUUUGAAUUCCAUGGCGCGGCAAUCUCAGGGUGCGAAGUCCAACUGGAAAAUCUUCAAGUCCGGCAUGGAGAAGCCUUGGCUGUAAAUUUUCCUUACAUACUUCACCACAUGCCAGAUGAGAGCGUAAGCACUACAAAUCAUCGUGAUCGCCUUCUUAGACUGGUCAAAAGCUUGUCCCCAAAAAUCGUGACCCUUGUGGAGCAGGAAUCCAACACUAACACAGGUACUUUCUUCCAACGAUUCGGUGAAACUCUGGACUACUACACAGCAAUGUUCGAGUCCAUUGACGCGGCAUGUCCAAGGGACGACAAGCAGCGGAUUAAUGCAGAGGAGCACUGCGUGGCAAGGGAUGUCGUCAACAUAAUUGCUUGCGAGGGGAAUGACCGGGAAGAGAGGCACGAGCUUUUUGGUAAGUGGAGAUUGAGGUUUACAAUGGCUGGAUUUUCUCCAGUCCCAUUGAGUCCAUCAGUUAGCUAUACCAUCAGCGACAUGCUGAAAGAACAUAGCCCCAAUUAUAGAGUUGCAGAGAGCAGUGGCGCUCUGUAUCUUGGAUGGAAACACAGAGCUUUGGCAACAUCUUCUGCUUGGAGAUAGAAAUACAUGAAUACAUAGCUUAUCAGGAGGUUUGCCUGUAGAGUUCAUUUUCCUUGUGUAAAGUAAAUAUGCUGUUAGGUAUGCUUUUCACCGGCUAAUUAAGUUGUUCUGGUAUGAAAAAAUUCUUAUUCAAAUUAGGUUUGAUCGAACCAAACCAAUAGCAUAGCUAGUGCAUCACACUUACUAUGUAAUUUUGCACUUUUUUGAACUAUACACCAAUCACACAAACACGAUAAAUGAA